AUGUUUACCUUGAACACUAGAGUAGCGCUCGGAAAGCAGCGCCUUGCCGUAGUUAAACGACUAUUCACCAAUACACAAAACUACGAUGCUCUCGUUUUAAAUGCAUUCACAAACAAGGAAGGCCAAGUCAGCUUGGCUGCCAGCAAGGAUAUUUCACAAAAGACGAAAGGUCUGAUCGAGGAGCAACUCAAAGUAUCCAAUUUCAAGAAGGCAGGUGAUGUCCGUACACUUUACAAUGUCGGUGGCAUGAAGCAGGUCGCUAUCGUUUCUCUUGGUGAGCAAUCUGUCGCUCAAAAGGAUGAACAAGAAGCUGCACGCAGAGCGACUGCACUAGGUUUGCACGCACUAAAGCCUCAAGGAGCCAAGCGUGUUGGCAUCGAUAUUUCCGUCAGUGCUCAUGGUGCUGGUGAAGGCUCCGUUUUGAGCCAGUUUUCAUUCGACAAACUCAAGUCCAAAAAAGAGCAGCAAGAGCAGGAUAUCGAAGUUGGGCCCUUUUCAGAGAGCAAAAGCAGCACAGAAUUGACAUGGGAGAGUGGACAAAUCUAUGGCGCAUCGCAGAACGUAGCACGCAUGCUAAUGACUUCGCCAGCCAACUUGAUGACACCAAAAUUGUUUGCUGAAGAAGUUGCCUACUUAUUAGCUGGAUUGGAGAAUGUCGAGGUUAUUGUGCACGAUGAAGAGUGGGCUGCCAGGCAAAAGAUGAAUGCCUUUUUGUCCGUGGCUAAAGGAAGCACCGAACCAUUGCGAUUCUUGGAGAUCCAUUACAAGGGAGGAAAGGAAGGCGGCAAGGUGCAUGGCUUGGUAGGUAAGGGCGUUACGUUUGAUGCUGGUGGCAUCUCAUUGAAGCCCUCCAACAACAUGGCAUUGAUGAAGGGAGACAUGGGCGGGGCUGCGACUGUUGCUGGUGCUCUGUAUGGUAUCUGUAAGAUGCAAUUACCAAUCAACGUAGUUGCUGUAACACCAUUAUGUGAGAAUAUGCCCUCAGGCACAGCAACCAAGCCAGGUGAUGUCAUUAAGGCCAUGAAUGGUAAAUCAAUUGAGGUGCUGGAUACAGAUGCUGAAGGAAGAUUGAUUCUGGCCGAUGCGUUGUACUAUCUUAGUUCCAAAUACAAGCCUGAAAGUUUGAUUGAUCUUGCUACUUUAACUGGGGCAAUGGAUGUCGCACUGGGCGAUGUAUUUGCAGGUGUGUUUACCAAUUCCAACAAGCUGUGGCACAACUUGGAACAGGCAGGCAAGAAGACAUCAGAUCCCUUCUGGAGAAUGCCAUUAAAUGAUGGCUAUUUGAAAGAAAUGCAAGAUUCAGCAGUAGCUGAUUUGAAUAACCUCGGUAAGGGCAGAUCAGGUGGUGCCUGCUCAGCUGCUUCAUUUUUAAAGGAGUUUGUGUCUGGCCUUGAGGAUAACCAGAACAAGGUGGAUUGGGCUCACAUCGACAUUGCUGGUGUGAUGGACAGCCAAGGCACUGAUGGCUAUCACAUCAAGGGCAUGAGUGGUCGUCCCACAAGAUCUUUAAUUGAAUAUGUACGUGGUCUCUCUAAAUAA